AUGGUUUCCCUUCCGGAGAAGGGCGGUGUGGAGGCCUCCCCGCAUCUCGGGGAGCCCCCGGCCUGUGGCGAGGCCCGGGCGCGUCCCGGCGCCGGGCGGGAGGGCGGCCGGCGGAAGCGAACCACCUUCAGCAAGAGCCAGCUGGAGCUGCUGGUCCGCGCCUUCGAGAAGGAGCCGUACCCCGGCAUCGCCCUGCGGGAGCAGCUCUCCGGCCUCACCGACAUCCCCGAGUCCAGGAUCCAGGUGUGGUUUCAGAACAGGAGAGCCCGGCAGCUGAACCACAAGAAGAGCGAAGCCGCCGCCUGCCCCGCGCCGGCCUGUGGCAAGCAGAAGCCGACCCGCUGCGGCGGUGGCUGCCAGGAGAGGUCCCGGACGACGCAGGGUCUUGGGCCGGAGCGGAGCCUCCAUCUGCAGCCCGGCCUGCCGGGAGGAAGCCAGAGUUUCACCGGUCAGCCGUUGCCCUGCUCGGGGCAGCCGUACUCAAGGCUCGAUGCCCAUUUCAGGAGCCUGGAUAACACUUUUGGAGCCCCGGGCCAGACCCUAGUUCACUUCGGUUUGGACUGCGUGGGAAAAGGGGUCCCGCUCAGUGCGGGAAGCACGGGCAGUCCCCCCCAGCUCGCACUCCCUGUGCAGCAGGCACAGGAAUAUCCAUACCUGAAGAAAUCUUUCCCUGAAACCUACUACUCAGAUGUAGAUGUUUUCCAGUCAUAUGCAGAAGAUCACCAGUACCUGGCAGCUAAAGAGAACAUGCAUAGGAGGCCUGUCUUAAACUAUGUCAGUGCUAACCAGGGACUGGGUGACGAGAACUACUUGUGUAUCAAGUCAAACACUUCUCCCUUUGGGAAGGGCUCCACUUUCAAUUCAGGUGAAGGGGAGCCUAAGCUUGAGCUUGAGCAGAUGAGGCACAGUCCACCUCUGGUCGCAGCUAGUCACUGCAGUGCUCCUUUGGUACUUCCAAAACCUGAAGCAGGGUACCAAGGGGCACUUGCUGCUCCAGCCCCGUCCUAUGGGCAGCAGCUGCUGGAGGCAGUAAAUGGCUGUGACCCUCAUUGCCUGGGCAUGAAAAAUGAAAUUUUGGGAACUGGUUUAGAGUCGCUGUUUGAACAAAAUGGGGAUCUAGGUGGGCCAAAAAGUUACCUUUUUGCUUUUGGUGGCCAGAGUUCGACCUGUCACUUGGGUUACACAUGAAACGGGCAGAGGGUCUGCUUGCCUGAUGAAAAAGGAAUGUGUUUUUUUUGUUCGAUUUGGCAGUGUUGUCCAAAGUGGCUAGAGGUUUUGCGGGUCUAAGGGUGGAGUGCUUGCUCAGAGUUUUGUGUGCUGACUGGAAGGGGAAAGAAGAUAAGCAGAGUUAGCAAGGGCUACAGGAGAAUAACCUGCUGAAUGUGUGGUGCACCCCCCCCCCCCCCCCCCGCCCCAUUCUAUGGGAAGUGUCACCAAGCUGCUUGCAGUAGUCCUGCCUGUGUUUGGUUAUUGGCAGCCUCGCAUUAAAUUGCACACACGGACUGAUGAUCUUCAUAAAUAUGUCGGUGCUGAAGAUUUACUCUUUCUAUGCUCAGACUGUGCUAGAUUAAUUCUGCCAGGAGGCUUGGGACUAUGGCAUUGGUUUUGGGGCCUUACCACAAUGAGUUUUGUUUCUAUUCUGGUUAGAAUUUGCUUACUUUAACUUAAGAAAUCUGUAGGAAACAGACAUAUUUAUAGCCUUCAGUGGAGAAAGCAUUAACAUGAUGGGGGUACAAGCAUGGGAAGAGCAGCCUUGGUGGUGGCAGGGGAUGGCUCACUGGGUGUGUUUGAGUUUUAGGUGUGCUCCUGAUAAAGAACACUGCUGGGUCUUUUCCUAGAUACUUAAUGUGUAGCGUUUUCAUUUAAAAAUGACCACAUGUGUAGCCUUUUAAAAGGCAAUAUUUUUGUGAUUUCCUUCUGUAUAUAUAUUUUUUCAAAUUGUUUGUUUUGUUUUGUUUUGUUUUGUUUUUUUUUUUUCAAAUUGUAGUUUUCUAUUUGCCAAAUGAAGGUUUUCUACCUGGGUGAUAAUGAACUUGUAGAACUGCACUCACAGGGAAAGAAGUGUGUUCCAUCUUUGUAUUUGCACAUUGAGCCUAUUUCUAGACUUCUCAAGAUCCAUGGCCAUCGGAAUGACCACUGUAAUCAUGGAAGUGUUGUUCAUCUGUAUCUGGAGAGCUGCCAUAGUCGUGUAUCAAAGCAAUGUUGGGCCUAGGAUACUGAAAACUAUACAUGCAAAUCCUUUUUUGUAUUUAAAAUGUGGCUCUGGAAUAUUUUAAGUAUGCCUAGAUUUUAAUACAUAUUAACUUAAUUACUUUGUUUAUAGAA